AAGAAAUUCUUUUAAUUAUAUCGAUAGUGAAAGUAACAAACUGGUUAGACGAAGCUGUUGUGUACAUUUAUUGGUUCUAAGAAAUGUAUUGUGCCUAAGAAAUAGCAGUUUAGCAUUUAAUGUAGUUACGGACAGGUUUGGGUUCAUAUUUACAGCAAGAUCAAGGAUUGUCGCAGAAACGUCUGGCACACCCACCCAACACACCAAAGCCAAACAGUGAUCUGAAUUGUCAUCGCACAUCAUUGGAAGACGAACGGGUACCGUCUAGUGUUAGUGAAAAGAUAACAUUUGGGACAACACCUAUUUGGAACUGCUUCCUCGCCAAAUUUAUUAGUAAGACAAAUAAAGUCUUUUUUUGACAGCAGCAUGUUCGAAGCAAAAUCAUUCCAAUUUGGUACAACCGGGUCAUCUUUUGGUGGAGCGUUGGGUUUUGAUUUCACGUCUGCCAAUGCCACUGAUAGUAGCCAAUCACUAAUUGGAAAGAUGGGAACUAUUGGCGGAAGUACAGGUUGUGGAGGACUGUUCGGCGGAGAUAAAAAACUAAUAUCAGGAACAAAGAUAAAGUUUGAGCCACCUAGUGGUCAGGAUUCAAUGGUUAAAAAUGGACAAACUAAGAAUAUAACUACUAGACAUCAAUGUAUUACAGCUAUGAAACACUAUGAAGAUAAAAGCAUUGAGGAAUUGAGAUAUGAAGAUUGGAUCGAAGCAAAAUCAGGCGGAUUUGGUACAAGCACCGACUUUUCUUCUACUGGCGGGUUUUUUGGAUCUCCCAAUAAUAAACCGGAGGUGCCUUGUGGAACCAAUCCAACGUUUGGUAUUAGAACAGCAUCAACUUCUAAUGACACAAAACAUUCAUUUGGGACAAAUCCAACGUUUGGAACCAAUUCAACGUUUGGAAUUAGUAGAGCACCAACUUUUAAACCAAAAGUGUCGUUUGGAACCAUUCCAUCUGGAAACAAGCCAUCCUUUGGAGCGUUUGGCUUUAGUACUACCGAUGACAAGAGUAGAACCUCUUCGCCAUGGGGAAUAACAGCAAACUCUGGAACGUUUUCUUUUGGCAAAACAUCAACUAGUGGCUUUGGUGCAGCACCAACUACGAAUGGCAAUAAUAGUAGCCCACCACUAUUUGGAAACAUGGAAACUAGUGGUGGAAAUACUGCUCAUGGAUUGUUUGGACCAAGUCUGGUUUCGGCAUUCAGUAAUUCCGUGAAUGAAGCCAAGACACCAUCAAUUACUGGUUUCAGAUUCAAAACCACCAAACUAACUGAAACGGAUAAUAGUGAUACCAGAAAGAAUGUAUUUUCCAAUGGUGUUGUUACACGUGAGUAUUAG